AAGACUUGGAAAAAGAACAAGUUACACACCGAGAAAUUAAAAUUAAGAAAUGGACAGAAAAGUAGCUCGAAGAAUGAAACCACGAAAUCGUCGAUUAGAUAAGCAUGUUCACGUUGCGGCAGCACGGUGGUCGCGCGUGAUAACGCUGUAUCAUCAUUAUCGCGAGUUCUCCUGAUGUAUAACGUGAUCUUGAGCACCGCACGCCGCCUGCGUGCUGCUGACAUUGCGCGCUGUGUGAUUGGCUUGUAGCAUGUCAGCUGACACUGCAGACCUGCGUCUAAAGCAUACGUUCUCGAACAGCCGGAAAGGCAUGACCACUUGUUGCUUCUAAGACGUUAUCUGACAAUACUUCUUAGACAAACUGGAACAAAGACUUACACGCCGGACAGUGGCUUGAUUGUCUUUGUAUUAAGAAGAAAAAGAGAAAGACCUUCCAUAUUAGACGUUACGUAUAAAUCUUCAUAAAAGAGACUUAGUGCUAUAAAAAUUCAAGGAAAGAAGAAAAGAAGAAAAGAAAAUCUUGUAGUAUUUUCUGAAACAUAUUUAUUAUAUACCGGUCACAUUUUUCGUCACGAACAUGAGUACUCAGGUGGCGGAUAUCGCCCUUAUUGGUUUGGCAGUCAUGGGACAAAAUCUAAUUUUAAAUAUGAAUGAUCAUGGAUUUGUUGUAUGUGCAUAUAACCGUACAGUGGACAAAGUCAAGUCUUUCCUUGAGAACGAAGCCAAAGGCACAAAAGUAAUUGGCGCUUACAGUUUAAAGGAAAUGGUUGAUACCUUGAAAAGCCCCAGAAGGAUAAUGCUGUUGGUUAAAGCUGGCACAGCUGUGGAUGCCUUUAUCGAACAACUGGUACCUCUUCUCUCUCCUGGAGACAUUAUUAUUGAUGGUGGCAACUCCGAGUACCAAGAUACUGAAAGACGUACCAAGGAUUUGGAGCAGAAGGGAAUUCUCUUUGUGGGUAGUGGAGUCAGUGGAGGAGAGGAUGGUGCCAGAUAUGGACCGUCCUUGAUGCCUGGUGGCAAUCCCAAAGCGUGGCCACAUAUCAAAUCCAUCUUUCAAUCGAUAUGCGCAAAAGCUGAUGGUGAGCCAUGUUGCGACUGGGUAGGCGAGACUGGCGCGGGACAUUUCGUUAAGAUGGUGCACAAUGGCAUCGAAUACGGUGAUAUGCAGAUCAUCUGUGAGGCGUACCAUCUGAUGCGGAGCGGCUUGCAACUCACCCAGGAAGAAAUGAGCGUAGUUUUCGAUGAGUGGAACAGAAGUGAGCUAGAUUCGUUCUUAAUUGAGAUCACACGAGAUAUUCUCAAGUAUAAGGAUAAUAAAGGCUAUUUGCUCGAGCGCAUCAGAGAUACCGCCGGUCAGAAAGGCACUGGCAAAUGGACAGCGAUCGCCGCGCUAGAUUAUGGCGUACCGGUCACACUAAUUGGCGAGUCGGUCUUCUCGAGAUGCUUGUCCGCGCUGAAGAAUGAACGUGUGGAGGCGAGUACGGUGCUGUCUGGUCCGGAACCGGUAUACAAAGGCGACAAGAAACAAUUUCUCGAACACUUAAGAAAGGCUCUGUACGCCGCGAAAAUUAUCUCAUAUGCGCAAGGUUUCAUGCUGUUGAGAGAAGCAGCCAAGGUUCACAACUGGAACUUGAACUACGGUGGAAUAGCAUUGAUGUGGCGAGGUGGAUGUAUAAUAAGAAGUGCAUUUCUCGGAAAUAUAAAAUCGGCCUAUGACAAGAAUUCGAAAUUAUCCAAUUUAUUGUUGGAUGACUUUUUCGCCAAGGCUAUGGACACGUGUCAUCCGAGUGCCAGAACGGUGGUGAGCGCUGCCGUGACAAUGGGUAUACCGACUCCUGCUCUAUCGACAGCUUUGGCAUUCUACGACGGGUUCAGAACCGCUCGAUUACCGGCAAAUCUGCUACAGGCUCAGCGAGAUUACUUUGGCGCUCAUACAUACGAAUUGCUUGGUCAGGAAGGGAAGUUUGUCCACACCAAUUGGACCGGACACGGUGGAAAAGUGUCCGCUUCCACGUACGAUGCGUAAAAUCUUCGUACGGUAAAAUAACUACUGACAAUAUUUAAAUAAAUUUAAGUGAAGAAACGUGACAAUACAGUGUGCAAUAAAUGUAUGUAAUUUAUAAAUUGCAAUAAUUACGUGAUAAUUGCAUAGCUAUGACAUGACGAAUAAACUAUUCGAUAUAAAUGA